ACGGCUUCCUCUUCCUUUCGAUUUCCUCUUCUCCGUCUCUCUUCCUUCAUUCAAAUUUCCCUCCCUCCUUCUCUAUCAAAAUACCAAACCCUCAUCCAACAAUGACUAUCUCCAAGAUCCACGCCAGACAGAUCUUCGACUCCCGUGGCAACCCCACCAUCGAGGUCGAGGUCACCACCGGGCUUGGCGUCUUCCGUGCCGGCGUUCCCUCCGGUGCCUCCACCGGUGUCCACGAAGCCGUCGAGCUCCGUGACAACGACGCGAACGCCUACUUUGGAAAGGGUGUCACCAAGGCUAUUGAGAACGUCAACCGACACCUCGGCCCCGCGCUGGUCAGCGCCAACAUCGAUGUUCAGAACCAGAGCGCGGUGGAUGAAUUCCUGAUCAGGUUGGACGGAACCACCAACAAGUCCAAGUACGGCGCCAACGCCAUCCUCGGUAUCUCCAUGGCCGUCCUCAAGGCCGGUGCCGCCGCCAAGGGCGUCCCUCUUUACCGUCACAUUGCUGACUUGGCCGGUUACGGCGGCAAGAAGAUCGUCCUGCCCGUCCCGGCCUUCAACGUCAUCAACGGAGGCUCCCACGCCGGCAACAAAUUGGCCAUGCAGGAAUUCAUGAUCCUCCCCACCGGUGCCUCCUCCUUUGCUGAGGCCAUGAAGAUGGGUUCGGAGGUCUAUCACACCCUCAAGUCCGUCAUCAAGAAGAAAUACGGUCAGGAUGCCACCAAUGUCGGUGACGAGGGUGGAUUCGCCCCCAACAUCCAGAGCAGCAUCGAAGGUCUCGAGCUCUUGAAGGAGGCCAUCGCUAGGGCUGGUUACACGAACGAGGUCAAGAUCGGCAUUGAUGCCGCCGCUUCUGAGUUCUUUAAGGAUGGCAUGUAUGACUUGGACUUUAAGAACCCCCAGUCCGAUCCCUCCCAGUGGUUGACCGGAGCGCAGCUCUCGACCAUGUACAUGGACUUCACCGCCAGGUACCCGAUCGUCUUGCUCGAGGAUCCUUUCGAUCAGGAUGACUGGAAUGCUUGGCCCCUCCUCACUAGCUCGACCCAUGUCCAGAUCGUCGGUGAUGACUUGACCGUCACCAACCCCAUCCGCAUCAUGACCGCCAUUGAGAGGAAGGCCUGCAAUACCUUGUUGCUCAAGGUUAACCAGAUCGGCACCAUCACCGAGUCCAUCAAGGCCGCUCUCCUUGCCCAGCAAUCCGGAUGGGGCAUCAUGGUCUCUCACCGCUCUGGUGAGACCGAGGACUGCACCAUUGCCGAUAUCGUCGUCGGUCUCCGCACGGGUCAGAUCAAGACGGGUGCUCCUUGCCGCUCGGAGCGCCUGGCCAAAUACAACCAGUUGCUCCGCAUCGAGGAGGAGCUCAACGGCGACUCUAUCUAUGCCGGUCAACACUUUGGCAAGGGCCAUCUCCUGUAAAUAAGACAAUAAGCACGCACACGCAUACACAUCAUCCAACAACAUUCGUGAAAGGAAAGAGUAUGGAGACCACAAACCCCAAACCCAAACCCAAAUCCAAUAAAGCCAUGCACUUGUACAGAAAACUGCUUUUCGAAAUGGUAUCCUGUCGUUUGCACCCUUGACAUCAAAUAGUCUAUACUCACCAAGAUGCUUGUAAACAGACAGCAACGUCCAAACCAUCCCCGAACAUCCUCCCUCCUUUUAAUGCUAGGCUCAUUGUUACUUUGAAUCAGUUUUAUUGUGUGUUGAUGACGAUGCUUUUGCUUGCUGUUGUUUUUGUUUUUGUUUUUUUUUUGCUGUCGCUGUUGCUGGUUGCCGCUGCUGUCGCUGUCGCUGCUGCUGCUGUUGCUGUUGCUGGUGCUGGUGCCGAUGCUACUGGUGCUGGUGCUGAUGCUGGUGC